AUGUCGCUGCCCAGAUUAUUCUCCCGCUCAGCCGAAAUCGAGAUGCACCUACCGGAUAUUGAGCCGGCCGAGUAUUUCAAGCAUGAUUGGCGAUGGUCUGUACUGCCAAACCUGCAGGAAGAGAGUGCGAUGGCGGACGACAUAGAUUCGUUCGACGGGCCGCUGGACGAGAUCCUGAGAGAGGUGGGCCGCAAAGCUGCAGGCGCUAAGCCCAAAAGGGAACCCCUGGCCGUCGAGCUCAGCACAACAGCUAGCAGGGACCGCGAUGCCAACUCCAACAACGCCCGGCCUCCUCAGCCUCCAACUCAGAAAACACCACCCCCGCGUCGCAACAAAGGUCGGCCACAAACUGGAGCUGGCGUUCAGACUCAAGCAGAAAUGGCAGGCUUCGGUCAAGCGCCUGCAUUCGGAGCGCAGGCGCUUUCGACCGACGCGACCAACCGAUCAGUCUCGCCAUUUGGAGCUCCAUUCAGUUCGCCCUCGGCCUUCGGCCAGCCACAACAAACACCUGGCUUCGGCGCGCCCGCGGUAGCAACGAGCAAUGCGUUCCAGCAGUCUCAGCAACCGCCAUCCUUUGCUUUCCCGAACAACGCGACCAAUCCUCCCGCUGGAAAUCUCUCCAGUGGGGCACCUUUUGGCGGCUCGAGUGCGGCGAGCAACGACCAGAUGAAUGGCAAUCCUUUCGCGCCAGCGAGCACGGCAUCCAAUCCCUUUGCGACGCAGACGGCGACAGCGACCCCUUCGAAUCCGUUCUCGAACGCCGUGCCUGCGGCCCCAGCUUUUGGAGCACCAGCAAACCCCUUUGCCGCAGCUACCUCGGCCAGCGGCUUUGGCGCCCCCUCAGGCAGCACGAAUGGCUCGUCGAAUGUGUUUGGAAGGCCGUCAGAAAGCUCACAUAAUGCCACAGCUUCCCUCUCCGGCAUCACAGCAAACAGCCAGAAGAGGAAAAAUGGAUUCGGGGACACGGGCGCGAUGAAGAGGCUCGCUUUCGAUUCUACGACAAACUCUUUCCAGAAGCCUCAGACGACCUUCGCACCAGGUUCUGCCAGCAACAAGUCCCUGGGAUUCGGCGUGAAAGACACACGAAAGAACCGCAACGGGUUCUCAGAUUACUUGGAAGAGAGGGAGACGAGUGGCCUCGGUCCCAAGACAGCGCGCGCUCAGAGUUUGGUCCUCAACGGUGGGAAGAAGUCAGCGGCCGUCUACGAGAAGGAGAUCCGCGACCAGUUGCACAAAGAUAAACUCCAACCCCCCAGAUGGCCUCAACAACCAGGGAAUCCAGCCAAUAGGCAAGCGAUGGAGUCUCACAGUGAGAGGUACAAGAAUUAUCAAGGACGUGUUCGAACGUCGCUGAUAAAAGCUGGACUGAUUGAUGACCCGGAAGUACGGAAGAAGCUGAGUGAUGCUAUCGAUUUCAAGGGCAUUUGUCAGGAUAUGUGUCCCGAGGGCGAGAAAGUGUCGCGAAUAGUCGAGUACGAUGUAAAGUUGGCAGAAAAAACCACGAGCCCAGAUGGCCAGGAAAUGUGGCCAAACCCGGAUCGAAUGAUCAAGUCAUUCAAGCGUUCAGCAGCCGGAACCGAUUCGCCCUUGCCAACUGAAGUCAGGUCGCCGGCCGCGUUGAGACGCACUGUCGACUACCUCAUUGAUGACCUCUUGAGGUCCGAUGAGAACCUACCCUCCCAGCACAACUUUCUCUGGGACCGGACCAGGGCAAUACGAAAAGACUUCAUCUUCCAAAAUGCCAUGUCGGCCGAGGAACGGACAGACCAGAUCUACUGCUUGGAGAAUAUCGCCAGAUUCCACGCCGUGGCGCUUCAUUUGUUGUCACAAGACAACUUCGCGGCUGAAGACUUCUCCGAGCAGCAAGAGCGUGAGCAGCUCGGCAAGACAUUGCUCUCGCUGAUGCAGGUCUACGACGAGUGCGAGGAUAUGGCAGGCGUGAACAUGGAGAACGAGGCUGAAUUCCGAGCUUACUACCUCCUCUUCAACGCUCACGACCCAUUUGUAAUGCAACAGAUGCAAGAUUGGGACGACAAGUUCUGGUUCAACUCGUCUGAAAUCCAGACCGCCGUCACGCUCAUCGAGGCGAUGCAGAACGUGUGGAAUGGGCGUGGCCCACUCAGACCUCAAGUUGCUCUAACAACGGGAUCGGCGUCUAACGCUACAUACUUCUCAAUUGUCGAAGACCGCAAAGUGUCGUACACCAUGGCCUGUUUUGCUGAAAUCCAUUUCACCCAAAUUCGGCGUCAAUUGGUGAAGUCUAUACACAAGGCAUAUGGGAGGGUUAGAGAUGGUCCAAAGGACCUCACAGCAAAGGUUCUCAACAGCAUGCUUCGCUUCGACACCGAGGAGCAAUGCGUUGCAUUUCUGGAGGAGCUGGAAAUGGAAUUCUCAUCCGAAGGCGCAGAUGAACCCUACCUUGUGGUGGAGCGCAAAAGGAGCAUUCCGGGGAAAACUAUUCGGCAGUCAUUCUCGGGGGUAAUGGUGGAGCGCAAGCGCGGCGAUCGGCCGCUGCCAGAAGUCAUUCAUACGACUGUCUUCGAGGACACCUCUGCAGACGUUGAUGGUUCUCGCAACAUGGACAGCAUUUUCGUUACGCAGCCUACGGAAUCAUCAGGCCAAUUUGCGGGCGGCGACUCAAAGGCGACUCAUGCUGAAGUCAACUUCUCCGACGAUGAGACGCCUUCAUCAUCUCCACAGCCGCCUUCCAAGACGCUCUCGCCGUUCCAAAGACCUCCCACGACAAAUGGCUUUGCCACGUCGGAAACAAACAAGUCCACCCUGGACUCUGCGCUCAAAAAUCCCUUUGCUCAAUUGUCCAGCAAUCCAUUUUCGCAGGGAUCCAACACGAUCGGUGCCCCUUCAGCAAACAGUCCUGCCUCAAAUCCGCAACCUACAACAUUUCCUUGGGCGUCCAGCCCAUCCACCAACAGCGUUCUCGGCAACCCACCACUGUCCGAGUCCGUUACAAAGCCGCCGGCAGAAAUGCCCAAGUUCUCUUGGUCGACUACUCCAGCGGAACCAACAGCAAAUACUGCGCCUGCUGAUGGCGGCUCAGGAUCUGUAUUCGACUUCUUGAGCAAACCAGCAGAGACGUCCAAUAUAUCGUUCCUCCCUAACACUGCUACCACUACUAGUACAGCAGCGUCGAAUGUCUCUUCGUCAUUAUUUUCGACUGAAAAUCAGGCUGCAAAAAUCAAAGAGCAGGCUCCGUUAUUUUCGACAAAGACCUCGGAUGCGUCGCCUGCCACAGUCAACAACGAUCAAAAUAAUCUGCCAUCACCCGACACUCCCUCCAGUCUAAACUCAGCUCUGACGCCCACACAACAGCCUCCUGAGGUCUCUCAACAGAAACCCACUUCACUAUUUCCGACGUCCUCGGAAAUGGUCAAGCCUCAGCUGUUCGCAGCGACUCCGCCACCACCGCCACAACCUCCUGCUCCACCCAAAGAUCUGAUGGGUGAUUUCGCGAAAUGGGUGGUGCUCGGAGACAAUGGUCUGAUGGAUGAGUUCCAGGAGGCUCUUGUGACUCAUCUGGUUCGUGCUGUCUUCAAUCAGCAUCAAUUGGAGGAAGCAGAACGCAAACAAAAGGAAGAAGACGACAGGUCAUGGGCACAAGCGCGAAAGUUCAGAAUCUACAGUUUGAGGGUGCGAUUCUUCUACCGGUGGCGGGAAAAUGCGAGGAAGUCGGCUUUGAAACGGGUGGGCCGCCACAACAGAGCCGCGAUGAAGCGUUACAGAGAAGCCAAACUAGCUGAAGCGAAGGCAGCGAAGGCGCAGGUGGAAAAGGAGGAACAAUCCCGUGUUAAGCGACUUACUGCGCCGACGUCUUGGCUCGACGAACUAGAGAAAGACCGAGCUCUGAAGAGAGCUAGGCGGGAAAGCAUGUCACUUGACACAUCGAGAAGGGGCAGCAUAACUUCAAGCAACGCAGACGCCUUGCUUGCGACCGGCAUAUUCUCGGGCAUGGACAAUCAGCGGGAGUUGGCCGCAAACUGCGUUCGCGACGACGACUCCCUGUACGAUGCACUGGUGGGCGUGACCCUACACCCGAAUCCCAGCCAACAAAGCAUGGGACCUCCAGCCAGGCCCAAGGACCCUCUUCGAUCUGUCCGCAACGCUGCCGUGGCCAAGCCCGCGCCAAGACCCAAGCUCAGUAAGAAGGCUCAGUAUCUUCAAGACCUGAUGAGCGGCAAGCAUAGGGAGGACGACCUCAUCAGCUUCAGGAGCAGCAACUCUUCGCGUCUGGCACGGUCUGUGCCCACCGGUGGCAAGGUCACCAACUUCUCCCGAUAUCAGUCCUCGUCACCUCGCUCGUCUGCCGAGCCCGAGCGGCCGAGAAAUGGGCCAGGCAGCGGCAUCAAAUCAUCCUACUGGCUGCUCAGAAGCCGAGGACUCUUCGCAACGCCCACUGGACAUGUCCUUUCUGACAAGGUCCCUCGCCCAGUGGUAAACAAUGCUCACGAAACUGGCUCGCAGUACUCCGGAGACUCCGACGCCGGAGACUUGGACGACCGCGUCCUGGAACAGGACGGGGCUUACCGAGCGAGCUUGGGACUGACGGGUUCCCGUCGGAGCACCUUCAGCGUGCCACACUCAGCAGCAGGAUCGCCUCCACGGCAUAGCUUCCUGAAGCCCAACGCACCAGCAACACGACAAUCUCUUCCUGCCGGCAUGACUUCAGCAUCGCUGCUUGCCUCCCGGCAGACAGAUGGCGACGCUGUGUCUCAGGCGGGCAGCGCCGUCAGCACGCUGCAACAAGACGCCGAGGAAAGCCUGCGGGAGCUGAAGAGGGUUGCUGCCGAGCUGGAUAGCGAGACAGAAUGGUAUCGCGAACAGAACAAACAAAUGUCUCAUGGCCAGCAAGCCUUUGGCGCUUAG